GACAGACGGAACUUCCUCAUUGCAUUUGAUUUUUGGGAUGGAUCGGUGAUAUUUUGCUCAACUAUGCCCUUUUAGUGGCUUCUUUCCGAGUUGUUGACUUUUAAAACAAUAGAGCUACAUUAUACAAACGUGUUGGUUUUGACACAAUAUUAUCAAAAUGGGCAACAGCAGUUGUAAAUUUUGCCGCAAAACCAAGCCUCCUCAUCAGGCUCCAAACCCAUCGCCACUGCCGGACCCUGACCCGCAGCCUGGACCAAUCAUCAACACACAGGAUGUGGCGGUGGAAGUGGAACCACAAGUUUUAAUACGAGCCCUGUACACUUACCAAGCUCAAAAUCCAGAUGAUUUGUCGUUUCAAAAAGGCGAUAAGAUGGUUCUCCUUGAGGACAGUGAGAAUAUGGACUGGUGGUAUGCCCGGCAUCUGAAGCGUCCUGACGAAGUCGGUUACAUUCCAAGCAACUACGUUCAGAAGGAAGAUGGGAAACCAGAGUCACAUGAGUGUUGGUUCAAUCUGUCUAGAAGGGAGGCGGACAAGAGUCUACUCCUACCUGGGAAUCCUCCCGGGACAUACAUUGCCAGACCUUGCUCUCGUCCACCGCCCCCGUAUGUUUUGUCCAUACGCGACAAGGACAAGGCAAGAGACAUUUGGGUUGUGCGUCAUUAUAAGAUUUUUCCUUGUGAGAAUGGCGGUUACCGCUUAAGCAAAGCUAAGGGCGUAUACCCUUCCUUUGAUGCAUUAAUUGCAAGCCAUGAGACCGUAGCGGAUGGUCUCUGUUGUUGUCUGAGCCAACCUUGCCCCCGGUACUACCGACCGCCAGUUCAUUUCAAGGAGAUGAUUCAGAAGAAAGAGGCCUUUCAACUCGACAAGAAGUUAGGCCAUGGAAGUUUUGGCGAGGUGUAUCAAGGCAAAUGGAAUCGGUCCGUCGAGGUUGCGAUUAAGACAUUGAAAGAAGGCACAAUGACCACGAAAGCCUUCCUACAGGAAGCGCGGACUAUGCAUACACUGAAUCACCCUCAUAUCCUACCCCUGCUUGCCGUGUGUACGGAGAGUGAGCCACUCUACAUCAUCACCGAGCUGAUGAGGGACGGCUCGCUGCUCGACUAUCUGCGGAAUGAGGAGAAGGGUCAAAAUGUAAAUCUAUCAAUAGUUAUAGACAUGGCUGCUCAGAUUGCAGAUGGUAUGGAAUACUUAGAACAGCAAAAUUACGUUCACCGUGACUUACGUGCUGCCAAUAUUUUAGUGGGUGAGAACUACAUGGUGAAAGUUGCCGACUUUGGUUUAGCUCAGCUAACAUAUACUGGAGAUGAAGCCUCGCAAGAGAAUUCAGUCGCCAAGUUCCCGAUCAAAUGGACAGCCCCAGAAGCGGCCUCGGACAAGAAGAGCUUCACGGUCAAGUCAGACGUGUGGUCGUUCGGUGUUCUCUUGUAUGAAAUGGUCAGUUUAGGAAGAUUACCAUACCCUGGCAUGGAUAAUAAUACAGCGCUACGGGAAGUCAAGAUGGGUUACCGUAUGCCACGACCGGUCUACGGAAAGAUAGAAUGCCCGGAAAACUUGUACGACACGAUGUUGAAAUGCUGGGACCAGGAUCCGGCUAAUCGACCGACGUUUAACUACCUUAAAAUGUACUUCGAUGAUUUCUUUGUGGCGGCGGAAGCAAGUUAUCAGCCAACACAUUGAUGAUUGUCUGAUCUCUUGAAGAUCAAAAUGAUGUCUUAAGGUGCUGCCAUCUGUGGGACAAGAUGACAAUAACAGUCUCCACCUGAACAUGCUCGCUUCAAGCAAUAGAAAAAUAUGUUGAUGUGUACUACAACUUUAUGUUGAGAAAACAGUCCUUCAAUGGAUAUUUCAUGACUUCUAAGAAAGCAUUUGAGACAUCUUCGAUUGACUAAGGUUUGCAGUGGGGAAAAAGUGGUGUGACCAUGUAGACUGUAGUAAACUGUUGGUUAGACCAAGUUCACUGGAGAAGUGAAUAAAGACUAGUGCCUAUUUCGUGGUUCAUAAACGACUUUUAAAAAGUAGGAACCGGACAGGUUCCCUUGGUGCGAGUGGUGGAGAAUAAUGGAAUAUUUCUUUUGAAGGACAGCGUUGAAAGACUUAUUCAGUUAUUUUGAACAAUCUGUGGUUUAUUGGAUAAAUAUCCUAGAACAUGCUUUGUGGUGUAGUUAUAGUGUAAUGGAAGUAAUAUAUGGAAUGGCAUAGCAACAUAUACAGCAGAGAGAUCACAGUGUAGAGUGUGCCAGUAUUUCGAUGGAUUUCAGUGCUACUUGGGGCUCGAAGUUGGUCCUUUAAGUCGGUCUGUAUUUGAUGAAUCGGCUUAAGGUGUGUAUUGAUGAGUCAUGUUUAGGCUCUUGGAUCCUCGUUAAGGUAUUGAUAUUAGUGAAAUAUUGACAAAGACUUACAAAUCAUUCGCUCUGAUUGGUCCGAACUUAGAUUAAUUUGAAUUUUGACGCAGUAGGUCAUAGUUUCGCUGAUUUCAGGGCUACUUGGGGCUCGAAGUUGGUCCUUUAAGUCGGUCUGUAUUUGAUGAAUCGGCUUAAGGUGUGUAUCGAAGAGUCAUGUUUAGGCUCUUGGAUCCUCGUCGAGGUAUUGAUAUUAGUGAAAUAUUGACAAAGACUUACAAAUCAUUCGCUCUGAUUGGUCCGAACUUAGAUCAAUUUGAAUUUUGACGCAGUAGGUCAUAGUUUCGCUGCCUUUAAAAUUUCAACCCAGUCGGUUUUGUCUAUCUUGCCGAUUUCGAGCCCUAAAUGUACUGGUGAUGCAUUGUGAUAUGGUUCACUGCCAACUGGCUUGGGCGCAAACGUCAGCAUUGAUGUCACAAGUGCAACGACAGUGUGGUACACUGAUGUCUCGUGUGACGUCGUGAAAGUCAUAAAUUGCUCAGGCCAUGCCAGUUUGAUUGUUAGGUAAACUGAUAUUUAGUAGCAAGCCUGUUUUUAAAAGUUUAAAUCUCCUUGAAUAACAGGAGAUGAUCAGGUUUUGCCUGACAGGUCAUUUUUUAAUACUGGGUGGAUUUGGCUUUGUGGAUUUGAAUUGAUGAUUAUCAGCCAAAUUAAUGGGAUUCAUUUUCCUUGAGUUAGAUAAGUCACAUGUAAAAUGGUAUUGUAUAUCCUUGUACUUAGUCGGAAUAUUUACUAUGUUGGUGUUUUACGGGAGUAUUUACCGCGGUAGACAGAACUGUAGCGGGUUUUCUUUUAUCAUAGCAUGCAAACAUGAAACCUGAAGUUUGGAAAUCACCUUGGGAAGUAGGUUAACUUAGGAGAUGCUAGUUAAAAGGUCCAAACACUGCAGGUCAUAUUAAAAGAAACAAUUGUCACCAAUUUGUCAAAACUACACACAUUUUGAGAUUAAUGUUGUAACUUGUAUUGUAUUGAUUCAGUUUUUCUACUGGUACCUUUUCUGAACGUUGAAGGUGCCCUUUUAGGAUUUUGUUACAAAAUGUUUAUAGUUUUUCACAGAAUGGGUAUUUAUGUUAUACAUUUGAUCAGUUUUUAGUUGCUAUCCUGGAUGUUGGAAGUGAGUGGUACAACUAGGACCCCACUAGUGUAAAAACACAGCUGCCAGUACACGUUUAAAUGCACACUGCACAAGGCUCUAAUUGUCUCACUUUACCUUAUGUACUUUCUGUUACUUCUGAACUUUGUGUUUUAGCAUUACGGUAGCAACCGAACCCGAGGUGAAAUCUUGGGAAAAUUCAUGGAAAUAUCACAAUAUAAUGUUUUGCAUUUGAUAAAACAGACGUUAAAGAGUUGCUUGAUCAGCUUUUUAUGAGAAAGUCUUUUGUCCAGAUAACUCCUUUAGAAGUCUUCUCUCCUGAACACUGCAGUAGAAUUCUUUUCAGACUUUUGUUCCUAUCAUUUCGGCAUUGUUUUAUGUUAUGGUGCUACUGAUAUUAUUUGUGAUUCUUUCAAGUGUAAAUUGAGAUUCAAACAAUCAUCUGGAUAAGUUCAAAAUUAGCGUUUUCGAUAUCUUGUACUACACUUUGCCGGGUAUGUGCAUCUGCAUUUUUUUAGCCAUGACAUCACAACUUGUGCCGCUGACGCAAGUUAGCAAUCCUUGGAGCUGGUUUACUUCAUGAAAACAGGGCAGAUGAAUUUGAUUUUAGAGAAAUGAUGGCAAACGGCAAACGAUCCUGAAAUUAUGGCAAAUCUGUUCUGCCAAUAUGAUAUAAAACCCAGUUUUAUCCGCAGAUGAGUGAUCUUUUUAUCACCACAGCAAUAAUUGCCACUGGUUACAGCAAUGAAAAUCGCACAAGGUGCUUUAAAAACUGCACCACCAAUCAGCAUUCAAUUGCAUGUCUGUAAACCUGGCGUUCUAGUCCCACUUUUAUUGCUAUAUGAAUGAUUAAUCAAAGCUAGAGAGAUCCUUUGCUGUCAGUUAUGUACUUAAGAUCUUUCAUACAGCAGAACCUCUUUAUAAAGGUCACCCUCGGGACUGACAAGUGCUGUCCUUAAUACAGUGGUGUCAAUAUUACAGAGGUUAAAUUGAUUGGAAACAACCAAUUUGAGACCAAAACUCGUGUCCUUAUUAGCGAGGGUGUCUUUAAUAGAAAGGUGUCAGCUUAGAGAGGUACCACUGUAUAACAAACUACACUUGUUAGGAAGAUUCACAUGCUUCUUGAAAUAUGAUCUCGGUUGAUAUCCAAUUGCUAAAAUUUUACAAUGUUAUUGAACCUCAAGUGAUGUCCCACUGGGCAUCAUUUAUCGGGGCUUUUUAAAUUUUGUAUUAGCGUAUUCCUGAAUGUGUAAAUUACAUGUCUAAUAUAAGCUGUAAUCAUUUGGCCACUGUAUGAUGUUUGUACAUAUACGUGUAUGCUUGUUUUUUAAUCUUGGAGUGGAGGCACAGUCAUUUGCCAAACGGAGUCUUGAUGGAUUUCUCAUCAAAUAUGCCUGUCCUAAGUAAUCUAAAGUAGUCCCAGGAAUUACUGAUGGCUGCCUUUGUUGUACUAAUGUUAUUGGGAAGCAUCAAAGAUAGUACAGAAAAUAAUGCCAUUUAUGUAAACCUUCUGUCAUUGAUGAUGUCAAUAACUACACAUUAGUGUUGGCUGUUGUUUAUUCUGGGGUCUCCUCUAGCAGCAUGUUCGUUUACUUGCGUGGCGCUUGCUCUAGUUUACAGCGUCACAGCAUUCUUCUUAGCACUUGCACCUCAUCUUGCACCAGGCUGAAGUGAACCCUCCAGUGCGCUUGUGAUCAGUUCGAUAUGGUUGAACAAUCAUGCUUUCUGUUAGAAUUGUGUUCCUCUGAAUGGCUAUACCUGUGAAUAUUUACCGUGAAAGGGUUGUACGAUUCUUGGUCGAUAUCUUUUGCGAUUGUUCAUACACUUUCUUUGUGAUUGAUGGCGACUUAGCAAGUUGAUAGUUGGCUGUAGAAUGUAAAUGUGAAGCCGUUUCAUAGGAUAGUGUAUAUGUAGUGUACAUUGUACAUCUUCAAAUGGUGGUUAUUAUCAGUUUUGUAUGCAAAAAUUAAAUUAGAUUGAAUAUAUCUAGAUGUUUUAAGAAAAUGUGAGACUGUAAGCCUGCUCGACAUGUAACUUCAUUAUCCUUAUGAGUGAUAUUUUUGCAGGCACCAGAAUUCAGAGGAGGUGGAGGCAGGAACCUGUGUCUGUGCACUCUAUCCUUGAUUUCUGCAGAAAAGUUUCUGGAUUAGGAUGAAGAAUGAAUGUAAAGCACUUUGAGACAGUACAAUAUAAGGUGCACUCUAAGAACUUAAUUUCUUAUUGCAUUUCAUUCUGAUCCCUGGUUUGCCUGACUUUGAAAGUAAAUACACUGUAUCAUAUUAUGUAAACUUCUUACAGCUUGUAUAUUAACCCGAUGUAUGUAUUUAUUCAAGAUUGAUAGCCACACCGAUCUAUAGGAUAUAGCAUGUUGUUAUUUUUAGAAAUGCAAUGAAACAGUCUGUCUUCAAUAAUGUCUGCUAUGACUAAAAGCAACAUUUACUGGAGAAAAAAUAUCCUCUUUUGUUCUUGAAUCAAAAUCAGAACCUCUCUAAUAUCCAAACGCCUACCCUAAAGGCCAUAUAUCUUUUAUGGCAAGUGAUGUUGUGCAUUGAAUUUCGGUGACUCCACAGAACUCUGCACUGUGGGCAUUUUAUUGACAAUGGUAUGCAUGAGUAUAUAAAUAAUAGCUUGAGUCAAGUAAUCCGUAGUUUUAGCCAUUUUCCUGUGAAUCUUAAAUUCUAGUUCACUUUCUGUACCAAUAUUUUAACUUUGCAAUGUAUUUUUGUACAGGAAUUGUUCAUUUAAUCUUGUCGAGCGAAUACAUAUAAUAAAGUUACAAUGAGAUGA